CGCGGCCCCUCCGUGCUCCCCCCGCUGCCCCGCGCGGGGGUUCCGCCGCCCGCCAGGCCCUGGGCGCAGGAAUCCCAAGAGGAAUCCAUAAAUCCCGGGAUUUUUUCCUCUGGAAGCUCGAGAUGCGUUAGAAUUCCAAGAAUUCCCAGAAUUCCCUUUCCCUAAGGAAUGCAGCACCAUGCGCUGCCUGGCCCGCCUCAGCUCCAAGGCGCUCCUGGUGCUCUGCUCCCUCCUGGCUCUGCUCUCGCUGCUGCUCUGGACCCGCUGCUCCCAUCGCCCCCCGCCCGCCCCGGGCCCCCCGGAGCACCCCGGCCUUGCCGACAGCGAGGAGGCCUCGCCCCAGGACGCCCCCCGGGCCCCGGGAAGCGCCGGGAGAGCGGCGGCGGGGCCGCGCUACGAGGAGAUCGACUGCGUCAUCAACGAGGAGCAGACGGUGAAGGGGCGGCGCGAGGGCAGCGAGGUGUUCCUGCCCUUCAGCUGGGUGGAGAAAUACUUCCAGGUGUACGGGCGCAUCGCCCAGGCUGACGGCGGCGAGAGGUUCGAGUUCUCGCACAGCUACUCCAAGGUGUACGCGCAGCGCGCGCCCUACCGGCCCGACGGCGUCUUCAUGUCCUUCGAGGGCUACAACGUGGAGCUGCGCGACAGGGUCAAGUGCAUCAGCGGCGUGGAGGGAGUUCCUCUCUCCACGCAGUGGGGCCCUCAGGGCUACUUCUACCCCAUCCAGAUCGCUCAGUACGGGCUGAGCCACUACAGCAAGAACCUGACGGAGAAGCCGCCGCACGUGGAGGUGUACGAGACGGCCGGGGACGGGAACGGGAACGGGGAAUGGACGGUGCCCAAGGGCUGCUCCCUCACCACCGUCUGGGACAAGACCCGGCUCACCGGCGUCAAGCAGUUCUCCUGCCCAGAAAGCUCCGAGGGCGUCUCCCUGGAGCUCAACAACGGCCGGGAUUUCAUCAUCUCCUUCGACCUGAAGCUGCUGAGCAACGGCAGCGUGUCCGUGGUGCUGGAGACCACGGAGAGGAACCAGCUCUUCACCGUGCACUACGUGUCCAGCACGCAGCUCAUCGCCCUCAGGGACAGGGACAUCUUCUACGGCAUCGGAGCGCGCAGCAGCUGGAGCACGCUCACGCGGGACCUGCUGACGGACCUGCGCAAGGGCGUGGGGCUCUCCAACACCAAGGCGGUGAAGCAGACCAAGAUCAUGCCCAAGAGGGUGCUGCGCUUGGUGGCCAAGGGCCGCGGCUUCCUGGACAACGUCACCGUCUCGGCCACGGCCCACAUGGCCGCCUUCUUCGCCGCCAGCCGCUGGCUGCUGCGCAACCAGGACGAGCGCGGCGGCUGGCCCAUCAUGGUCACCAGGAAGCUGGGGGAAGGCUUCAAAUCCCUGGAUCCGGGCUGGUACUCGGCCAUGGCGCAGGGCCAGGCCAUGUCCACGCUGGUCAGGGCCUACCAGCUGACCAAGGAGCCGGCGUUCCUGGGCGCGGCGCUGCGGGCCACGGCGCCCUUCAAGCUGCCGGCGGAGCAGCGCGGGGUCAAGGCGGUGUUCAUGAACCGGCACGACUGGUACGAGGAGUACCCCACCACGCCCAGCUCCUUCGUGCUCAACGGCUUCAUGUACUCCCUGAUCGGCCUCUACGACCUGAAGGAGACGGCCGGGGAGAAGCUGGGCAAGGAGGCGCGGCUGCUCUACGAGCGCGGCAUGGAGUCGCUCAAGGCCAUGCUGCCGCUCUUCGACACCGGCUCGGGCACCAUCUACGACCUGCGGCACUUCAUGCUGGGCACGGCGCCCAACCUGGCGCGCUGGGACUACCACACCACGCACAUCAACCAGCUGCAGCUGCUGGGCUCCAUCGACGACGCGCCCGUCUUCAAGGAGUUCGUCAAGAGGUGGAAGAGCUACCUGCGGGGAGGGCGGGCCAAGCACAACUGAGCUCCUCCCCGUCCUUGCCGCGGUUCCGACGGGUCCUUCCCAAAAUUGUGGGCCUUAAAACUGCUCCGGGGAGGGUUUGGGAUGGGGACGCUCUCUCCCGCGUCGAGGUUGGGUUUUGUUGGGAUCGGUUUUUCCUUUUCCAGGAAAAACGUUUGCAGAAGCCAUAGAAGUCUUGGAGGCGCGGUCGCUGCCUGGAGAGCUCGUCCAGGGCCUCUUGAACCGGGAUUUUGUGUCCAUGUUGGAGCAGCUCCCGUGGGAUGAGCGCCGUCCACGGGAAUCACUCGGAGCCUGGGAGUGCGAAGCGUGGCUUUAAAGUGGGGGGGUGGGGUUUCCUAGGGAUUCACUUUUUCGGGAUGGAAAAUCCGCAGUUGGAAUAUUUUGCCAGUUCUCUGCCUGGAGGUCCUGGAGCUGGAGGGUUUCUUCAUGGAAAACACGUGCCCGGCAUCAUGGAAGCACAACUGGGAGCCUGGAGCACACAGCCCCGGGCCACCAGUACCCGUGUCCCCUCGGAGCUGGGACCCCUUAUCCUGGUGUCCCCUUGGAGCUGGGAUCCUUAUCCCAGUCACUGGAAUUCCCAUGGAGCUGGGAUCCUUAUCCCUGUCACCAAUGUCCCCUUGGAGCUGGGAUCCCUUAUCCCUGUCACCGGUGUCCCCUCAGAGCUGGGAUCCUUUUUCCUGGAGCUCUGUGUUUUCUGUGGGAUAUUGGAUAUCCCUGUGUCUUCUGUGGGAUUUUGGAAUUCCAUCUGGGAGGUUCCUCAGAGCUUUGGGGGUGUUUUUGGGAAUUGCUGAGCGGGACACGGGGGUCAUCCGGAGUUCCUCAGGAAAUACAAGAAUUUGGGAAUUUUCAUUUUUCUCCUGCUCCAGCCCAUCCAGCAUUCUAACAGUUCCAUCCCAGAGGUUUUUCCAGCUCUCCCUGGGCUGGAAUUCCCAGGGGAGCUGUGGCUGCCUCUGGACCCCUGGAAUGUCCAAGGCCAGCUUGGAGCAGCCUGGGACAGUGGAAGGUCCCUAUGGAAUGGGAUGAGCUUUAAGGUCCUUCCCACCAAACCAUUCCAUGAUCCCAUGAUCCCACCGGCUGCCUGAUCCCGAACUCCUGGUUGGACUUUGGGAAUUCCCACUGCUCCCAUUCCAUGGUGGAGCUGAUCCCAAUCCCAAAAUCCCGGGCACAAGGACAA